AUGGUGAAUUCUUUUAGUUGCAUGGAUGAAGCAUGGGGAAUUGGAAAGUUGAGGCAUAAUCGGGUGGCUAAUUUGAUUAGAUAUUGUUGUGAUGGAGAUGAAAGGAUACUUGUUGCAGAUUAUAUGCCUAAUAAUACUAUAGCAAAUCAUGUAUUUCAAUGUAUGCUUCCGAGUAAUCAUAAUCAGGAUGUAAUCAAACAUGUUGUAGGAGGUGGGAUUGACAUUGUAAUAUUUACUUUGAUGGUGUUGAAUGUUUGGCAAGUUAUAAUUUGUGUAAGGAGGGAGAAUCAAACGAUCAAAUGGGCAAUGUAUUUAUGGGUCGCUCUAUGUAUUGAUGAGGCAUUGGAUUAUUGUAGUAGUGAAGGUCGUCCAUUGUAUCAUGAACUGAAUGCCUAUAGAGUAAUCUUUCAUGAGCAGAAUGAUGAUCCGAGAAUUAUGUGUUUUGGGUUGAUGAAACAUAGCAGGCAUAGAAAAAGUUACAGCACAAAUCUUGCAUUGUAA